UCUUACAAAUUCAAUACAAGAAUUAAGAAGAAAAUCAACAUUAAUUAAGAAUCGAAAACAGCUAUGGCAAGCUUAACUAGUCUGUUUACCACCCUCUCCAAAUCCAGCCAUGUCGGAGCAGCAAUUGCAAGGAACGCCACUUCAACUCCUAGGAUUUUUUUGGCUACAGCCCCUAGACGACGUAUUCAAGCAAGUUCACAGCAAGAUGCACCUGCAGUAGAGAAUGAAGCUAGGAAUGCUGCUGAAAAUGUUUCGCAGACAACCAAAGACAUGGCCGGCAAGGUGUCUGCAACCGCACAAGAUGUGUCUGAGAAAGCAAAGCAGACAGCACAAGAUGCUUGGAGCCAAGCCAAGGGCACCGCCCAGAAGGCGACAGACACCGUGAUGGGCAAGGCCGAAGAAUCCAAGGAGUUCGUCAAAGAAAAUGCUGAGCAGGUCAAGAAAAGCAUGAAUACCAAGAAAGAGACCAUAUAAUGCGUCCUGUCCAUGUCCAUAUUUCAUUUAACCCUCCUUUUCAAAAUUGUGUUAUAUAUGUAUUUCCCAUUUCAAAUGUAUCCACUAUUGGAGAAAAACUUACCUACACUACUGGGAUGCAUAGUGUUCUAGAUCAAUAACAUGACGGCACAUGUUUUAGCCUCGUAAUUGAUCUGGAACACUGCCACCGUAGCUUCCCGUUUCACUUAAGUCCUCCCAUUGUUGAGAUAUUUGUUCCUUUUUUAUUUUGUUUUUGUUAAAUUGGGGUAUUGUUCCUUACACUGCAAGAAAGUGUUCGGUCUUUCUCUCUUGUAUCAAAUGUAAAGGAAAUUCAAGUGUCAAUAAAUCCUUCCCCAUAUUAUCUGUACAAAUA